AACACUUAAAAAAGCUCAAAGACACUAAGAUUAAAAAAUGAAGAUGUUUAACUCUCCUCAAACCCUAGUACUAUUGGCGUUAGCUCUUGUCCUAGCUUUUGCAGUUCCACUGAAAGCCCAAGACGGGCGACAGGACUACCUCGAUGUACACAACCAUGCUCGAGACGACGUUGGUGUGCCUCAUAUAAAAUGGCAUGCGGGGGCGGCGCAAUACGCCUGGAACUAUGCUCAAAUAAGAAAGCGGGACUGUCGUCUCGUUCACUCAGACUCAGGCGGGCGUUACGGUGAAAACUUGGCAUGGAGCAGUGGUGAUAUGUCCGGAGCUGCCGCAGUGAGAUUGUGGGUCAAAGAGAAGUCUGACUACUUCCACAAAUCGAACACAUGUCGUGCUGGAAAACAAUGUGGUCAUUAUACUCAGGUUGUGUGGAAAAACUCGGAGUGGGUUGGGUGUGCCAAAGUCAAGUGUGACAAUGGUGGAACCUUUGUGACUUGCAACUAUUCUCCUCCCGGUAAUGUUAGGGGCCGUUGGCCUUACUAAGUAUAUGUGUACGCUGACGAAUAAAACUUGUCCAUAGAGGACGUGUGUGUUUCUAUAAUUUCAAUAAAUGAUCACCAUCUAUCAGGAUGUGGUGGUUCCUUUGUGUGUUUAUGGUUUGUAUAAUAUAUAUGUUGACAUGUUGUGAUGGAAUAAUACAACAUGUGGAAUCUUGACACCA